UUAUUGCAAAUCUGACAUAAAUAUAAAAAUGGUACUCGGCCAUAUCGCUCAAAGCUUAACUUUGAACCUCAUAGGUCCAGACAGCAUAUUGUUGCUGAUUCUCAAAGCAGUUGUCCCAGUGUUCGUGAUCGCUUACUACAUAAUUUUGGAACGAUAUAAAGACACAGAAUUGAUGACAGAUGACUUCAUUCUUUACUUUGUACAACUAGUAGUCUUCUGGCACUUCUACUCGAGGAUCAUUCGUAGUGCUUUUGAAGUAUGAAAGAAGACUCAGGGUGCAAUCUGGUUCUAUCUUCCCCUCCUUGCUAUUUUCUUCAUCUUUAAAAUUGUUUGGAUAUUUACCUUUGCAGUCCAAAUAGAGAGAACAAUCUACUGGAGAAGAUACAUCUUUGAAAUCAUCUAUGUUGUCAUGCAGAUCAUCAACGGAACUAUUUUAGGAGAGAUGUCACAAGAUUUUUGGUAUUUCGUAGCAGAUUGUCUUAUUGGUACGCAGGUUUAUACAAUCUUCUUCAGAGAUGAGCUAAACUACUCUGUGUUCAAUUCCUUCACUCCUAUUUUAUUGGCCAUCCUCACAUUUUUGUUAGUGAAAGGACUCUUGAUUAAUCAUAAGUUUAAAGAUCAACUAUGAAUGGUUAAGACUAUUGGAAAGCACGAUGCUAUAUACUUGAUCUUAGUCUAUGCUCUGGUUAGUUUCCUGACUUAUACCAUUGAUUUCUUUGCAAACACAUACUGGGCAGCUCUCGGAUUUAUUUAUGUGUUCCAUAACAUCAUAAUAUUCCCCUCUCUAAUGGAGUCAAAAUUGAUUAUUCCUUUAAUCACAAGUACGAUUUUCAUGGGUCUUGUAGCUCUCUUACAGCUCCACAUUAUGAACCACAGCCCAAAUCCUUAUCCAAGAGACUUAACAAUAAAUGAGGAUCUGAGUACAAAUACUCCAAACGGGCACAACCUCCUCUCUUUCAUCGCAAACGCUAUCCAAUGCCAAGUCGCCGACUAACCUGCUAUAAUCCCAUUUAACCCAAAAAAUUCAAUA